CAAAGAAACCGAAACUCCACAGAAGUACUCCAAGGAGCAGACCAUGGAGGGUGACUUCCAAGUGUGCAGGAACUGCAAAAGAAAUGUGGCUUCUCUCCACUUCACACUCCACGAGGCCCACUGCCUGCGCUUCCUGGUCCUUUGCCCAGAAUGUGAGGAGCCCAUCCCAAAAUCAAAAAUGAAGGAGCAUGUGGAAGUUGUACACCCACAGACCAAGGAAAACCAACAGCACCCUGCCAAGUGCAAGUUCUGUGAGCUGGCUGUGCAACUCAGCAAUCUGGAUGUCCACGAGUCCCACUGUGGCAGCCGGACAAAGCAUUGUCCACACUGCAACCAGCCCAUCACACUCCGAGUACUGGCCCAGCACAAAGAUGUGUGUCUGAGUGCAAAGAGCAGGCCUGAGGAAGGGAAGAGAACUGUAUCAUCUCCUGAAAGAAAAACCCAUUGUGAUAUUUGCAAACAAACCAUUCCAGAAAACGAGUAUGUCUCCCAUAUGAAACAAUGUUCAAGAAAUGUGGUAUAUCUUCGGGAUGGAAAGACAGUAGUCCUUCCUCCACCCCUUCCGUUUAUGGGCACAGGAAAUCGAAUGCCCACAGUGAGUAAAGAUGUUCGUCCAAAGACAAAACAUAGAAACAGUUCAACAAAGCGACAGACAAAGGACCAAAAUGGCGUUCUGGAUCUGCCUUUGAAGUCUGGGCUCCAGCAGAGGGCUGCUCUUCCUAAAGGAGAGAGGGCCUAUGACAUUCUCCGGAACUGUUGUCAGUGCCAAAUCUUACUUCCUUUGCCCAUUCUAAAUGAGCACCAGGAGAAAUGCCUGAGGUUAGCUCAUCAAAAGACACUCGAGUGAGGAGGGCCAGCUGGAUUCGGAAGAGCGCCAGUUCGCACUAGCUACCCAGCUUCCUUUCCUAGUGGUCACAACUUUGUUUUCUUUGCCAGUCUCUGUAACCAAAUUUCCCCUUUAAUUUCUAACAGUUUCAUGCGUGUUUACAAUGCAUUGUAAUCACACUUAUCCCCAUUGCCUUCUGCCACCCCCAACUCACUCCUGCGAACCCACUCCUUCCCAACAUGCCCCUGCUUUCGUAUCUUGAGUCCACAUUUGCUGGUGCUUGUGUGCGCACACACACGCUAGCAUGCACAUACUUAUUCAGGUCUUGUGCGGUAACCACAGCUGAUGUGUGAUCCUGUUUGCAACAGCCAUGGCCAUGCUAAGUCCAGAAGACAGCAUCUGACAGCACUUCACCCAGCCCCUAAUCUCACCAGCUUCGGGCCCCAUCUUCCACAAUGUCCCCUUGGCCUUGGGAGGGAUGUCUCAUCUUGGGCUCAGGGCAGGGUACUCAACUGUCGCUCUUGGCACUUUGGGUGGUCUUUAUUUAGGAAAAGAGACAGACUUUCAUCUUUGGGCUUCAGAAGAUGACUUUUCCUUCUUCCGAGCUACAGAUGACCUGGAGUAAAGGCCUUCGCUUCUUGCACUGAACUCCUAAGCACCUCGGCUCAAUUGCUGGGUUACUCAAGAGACCUUGGAUUUAUCCUCAGUUUCUCCCUGUCCUUUUGCUUUGUCUUCCUCAUUGGUUUUUCAGGACAAGGCAGGUUGGGAAUAUGAGGCCUAGAGGGGGAGAUGCAGCAAAAAAAAGGAAGGAGGAAGGGAAGAAAAAAUGGAAAGAAAGGAAAAGAGAAGGGGAGGGAGAAGGGGAAGGAAAGGUGGAACAGGGAGAAUUAAAGUUCCCAGAAAGUAGUUGAACCAAGCUUUCUAAAAAGGCUGAUUGUUAGAAGGGGAGGUUAGCAUGGAGGUUAGCAUGGUGCAGGACCAUCUUGAGCUAUCUCAGCCCCUUAAAAAGCUGCUAAUUGUCCACAUCUAUGCAUGACCUAACAUCCUGUGCCUCCUAAUUGAAGUUUGGGAACAUAUGAGCAGAUCCCAACUGCUAAGAAAGCCAUCACAUACGCAUCUGGGACCUAUAGCAAAGUCUCCCCGCUUUGCUGUAACCUCCUGUUGUAUCACCAGAGUUUGUAAAGUGACUUUCUUUGCUCUGUUAUUUUAAAAUUGUUACCAAGGUCAGAACACGGAUAUCUGAAGCCAACUGAAUCUGUAUUUCUGGACCAUGAUCACUCAUUUGGCUCCAAAAUAAACUAUCUCUUCAUCUCC